AUGGAGUAUAUGGGAGUAGAUGCCGAUGGCAGGGCUGGAGGUAUUUGUGGUCAGUCCUUUCAAUGCUCGGUGGUGAAUGUCUAUGCUCCCAACGAUGUGGGUAAAAGAAGUCAAUUGUGGGAAUCCUUAAAGAGUCUGAAAAUCUCUUACCCGACUCCCUGGUGUUUGGGUGGAGAUUUUAAUGAGAUUAGAUUCCUCAGCGAAAGGAAGGGGUGCUCCAGAAGGGAUAGAGGUAUGAAUGAUUUUAAUAAGUUGAUUGAUCAGUUGAAUCUUGUUGAUUUGCCCAUGAAGGGUAGAAGAUUCACGUGGUGUAAUGCUCUUGACGGGGAGAGAUGGAGUCGGAUAGAUAGGUUCCUCCUGGAGGGUAGGUGGCUUGAGCAGUUCUCCUUUAAGCAGUGGGGACUGCCCAGAACGAUUUCUGAUCACUGUCCUGUCAUGAUAAAGGAGGAUGAAAGGAAUUGGGGCCCUAAACCUUUCAAAUUUAUUAAUGCUUGGCUACUUCAUCCUAAUUUCAUAUCAGCAGUGAAGAGCUCAUGGGAGCUUGCCUCUCUCAAAGCCAGUCUUAGAAGAUGGAAUGUUGAGGUGUUUGGUCAUGUGGAAACAGAUUUUAAGAAAGCGGAAGAGGAUUUACACGCUUUGGAUUUGGUGGCUGAAGAAAGAGCAUUGUCAGAAACAGAAGCAAAUUCAAGGAGAGUAGUCAGAGGGCUAGUUUGGAAUUUGCAUAGAAGGAAGGAAAGUUUGUGGCAUCAAAAAUCUAGAAUGCUGUGGGCUAAAUGUAGGGACAAGAAUACUAGGUUUUUCCAUUUGAUGGCUAGCUCUAGGCAAAGAAGAAACCUCCUUGAUUCAGUUGUGGUUGAUGGGGUUAGAGUGGUGGAACCUAACCCAAUGAAGCUAGCUGUGCAUAGGCAUUUUUUAAAAUUAUUCUCUGAGUCGUGGAGUUCUAGGCCUAAGCUUCUUGGCCCUUUUGCAUCCAUCUCUUUUGCUGGGCAGGUAGAAUCCUUAGAAGCAGAUUUUUCGGAACAGGAAAUAUGGGCGGCAGUUAAAGAUUGUGAUGGUAACAAGGCCCCGGGACCGGAUGGUUUCAGUCUGACCUGUUUUCAGAAAUGCUGGAAGAUAAUGAAGGGUGAAGUUCUUCAAUUUAUGGAUGAGUUUCACUCUAAUGGGAAGAUUGUCUCAGGUCUUAAUAGCUCUUUCAUCACCCUCAUUCCUAAACGGGUGGAUCCUUGCGAGUUAAGUGAUUUCAGACCCAUUAGUCUCGUUAACUCAGUUUACAAAAUUCUUGCAAAAGUGCUAUCAAAAAGGUUGAAAAGAGUGCUGCCAGAAAUUAUUAGUGAAGUUCAAACAGCUUUUUUGGGUGGCAGAUCUAUUCUUGAUGGUGUUCUGAUCGCGAAUGAAGAAUUUCGGCUUUGGGGAGAAAUGGUUGGGUUGGAUGAAAUCAUGCCUUUCAUCAUCCAGACUGAAGGUUUGAACAUUUUGAUUGAAAGAGCAAAGGAGUUGGGGCUGGUUAAAGGAGCUUCUGUGGGGCCUACUGAGUUGAAAUUUUCUCAUCUGCAAUUUACUGAUGAUUCAAUCAUAUUCUGUGAGGCGGUCAGAGGUGAAUUGGUGCACAUUAAGAGAAUUUUGCGUUGCUUUGAGGUGCUUUCCGGCUUAAAGAUCAAUUUCCACAAAAGCUUGUUGUGUGGUGUGGGUGUACGUGAUGCUAAACAAAUUGAGAAGAUUCAGGCAGCAUUCUUAUGGGGCAAAUCUGAACUUAAGAGGAAAGUCCACUUGGUGAAAUGGGCGAAUUUAACAGUGGAUAAGUCACAAGGGGGUCUGGGGCUUAGAAAUCUAAGAGAAGUCAAUGCUUGCCUCUUGUUAAAAUGGUGGUGGAGGUUUGGUGUGGAGGACAGAGCUAUAUGGAAACAAGUAGUGAGGUGCAAAUAUGGUCUGGGUGCUGGUGGCUGGGUACCUUCCAUUCCAGAGUCUAGUUCAGUGUCAAGAAUUUGGUCUGAUGUUGUUCAUCUUAGGGCAUCUAGUCCUGAACUGAUGGAGCACUAUUUAUCUAAUUUCAAAAUUCUUGUAGGAAAUGGGCAAAGAAUUCUUUUUGGGGAGGAUAAGUGGUUAAAUAAUCUAUGCCUCAAGGCGGAAUUUCCUAGACUAUACAGGCUGUCUGUGGAAAAGGGUUGUUCACUUUUGCAGAUGUAUCACAAUAGAGGGUCGGCACUUGAGUGGAAAUUUCUGUUUAGCAGAUUUCUGUUUGCUUGGGAGGAGGAGGAGGUCGCUAGGUUGCAAGGGGUUCUAAGGGGCACACUUGUUCUUACAGACCAAGCAGGGGAUUCUUGUUUAUGGAUGGCAAAUCCUUCAGGAUCUUACUCCGUGGGUGUGUCUUGGAAGUGGUGGAUGUUGUCAAAAGGUCCAGUCGUAAGUGUUGCUGAUAUGUUGUGGAAGAACUCUGCUCCACCCAAGGUGAAAUUCUGCAGCUGGUUAGCUUGGAAAGAAAGACUUAAAACUUCGGUGUUUUUGAAAAGGAUUGGUGUGUUGAAUCCUGAAGCGAACACAGUGUGCCUGUUGUGUAAAACAGAGGAGGAGUCUUUGAAUCAUUUGCUGUUGUCGUGUCCUGUGGUUUGGAAACUAUGGUCAGACAUGGUUAAAUGGUGGGAUCUGGUCUGGGUGGUUCCAGGUUCAGUUGAGGGUUUGCUACAUUGGUGGGCUGGCUAUAAAUUUAAGAAGGAGAUCCAAUCAUUGUGGAAAGUUGUCCCUGUAGUUGUUUUGUGGUCAAUUUGGAAAGCUAGGAACGAUUGUCUUUUUCACCAAAAGAGUGUUGAUGGGUUUGAUUUGGCUGAGUUGGUGAAAGUGAGGAUAGCUUUGUGGUGCAAGCAUAGCUAUGGAGGUUUGCAGUACUCUGUGGAGGACAUUAUUUUAAAUCUCGACAGUAUCAAAGUUUGCAGGUGUUGCUGUGUUGCUACAGUGUCGUUAAGUGCUGGAUCUGUGGUUGUGGGCAGCAGUGAAGUUUUUGUUAUGUUCUGA